UCGUGUAACGACUGGAAGCAACGGACAGAUCUGCAUGGCCACCCCCGACAGGAGAGUGCUCCACAGACCCCAGGGACCCGGCCGGGGUCGGGGGAGUGGGCUUUCUCCAGGCUCCCUGGAUGACCUGCCACAGGAGGAGACCCAGGAGCUGGCCCCAGCAGAGCUAGCCAUGCUGAGGAAGGCACAGGAGUUCUUCCAGACCUGCGACGCUGGGGGCAAGGGCUUCAUCGCCAGGAGCGACAUGCAGAGGCUCCAUAAGGAGUUGCCUCUCAGCCUGGAGGACCUGGAGGAUGUGUUUGAUGCCCUGGAUGCCGACGGCAAUGGCUUUCUGACCCCAGGGGAGUUCACCACUGGAUUCAGUCACUUCUUCUUCAGCCAGAAUAAACCCAGUCAGGACGAUGACGCUGAGGAGGCGGCCCAGCUCCAGACAGAGAAGGUGUAUCAGUCGAGAGGGGACGAGGACCCUGGUGACAUGGAUGAAGAUGAGGAAGCCCAGUUCCAGAGGCUGAUGGACAGGCUCGGAGCCCAAAAGGUUUUGGAAGAUGAAAGUGACGUCAAGCAGCUCUGGCUGCAGCUGAAGAAGGAUGAACCUCACUUGCUGUCCAACUUUGAGGAUUUCCUGACCAGAAUCUUCUUGCAGCUCCAAGAAGCCCAUGAAGAGAAGAACGAGCUGGAGUGCGCCCUUAAAAAGAAAAUUGCUGCCUAUGAUGAAGAAAUCCAGCACCUCUAUGAGGAGAUGGAGCAGCAAAUCAAGAGUGAGAAGGAGAAGUUCCUUCUGAAGGACACAGAGAGGUUCCAGGCCCGCAGUCAGGAGCUGGAACAGAAGCUGUUCUUGAAGGAGCAGGAGCUGGAGCAACUCAUCCAGAAACAGAAGCGGCUGGAAGGCCAGUGCACGGCCCUGCACAACGACAAGCAUGAAACCAAGGCUGAGAAUACCAAACUGAAACUCACAAACCAGGAGCUGGCCCAGGAGCUGGAGCGGACGGCCCGGGAGCUGCAGGGGGCCCAGCAGCAGCUGGAAAGCCUCCAGCAGGAGGCCUGCAAACUCCAGGAAGAGAAGGAGAUGGAAGUGUACCGCGUCACCGAGAGUCUGCAGCGGGAGAAGUCAGGGCUCCUGAAGCAGCUGGAUUUCCUGAGGGAGAGGAACAAGCACCUUCGGGAUGAACGGGACAUACGUCUUCAGAAAGACAAGGCAGCCAAGGCAAACACAGCUGCUUCCACGGCAGGCUGGAAGCAGCGAUCCGGCUCUGUGAUAGGCAAAUAUGUGGACGACAGAGGGAUUCUCCGAAGCCAGUCCGAGGAGGAGGAAGAUGUGUUUGGCAUCUCGAGGAGGAGAAGCUCCCUGGGCCUGAGUGGAUACCCCCUUACAGAAGAGGAGCCGGGGCCCGGAGGCCCUCUGCCCCGGGCACUCCGCAGAAUCAUCUCCAUUGAAGAGGACCCCCUGCCCCAGCUGCUGAGGGGCAGCUCUGAGCAGCCGCUGGGCAAAUGCCCAGAAGAGGAGGAGGUCUCUGACCAGGGGGUGGAGGGCCCACUCCAGCAGGCCCCACCUCAAGGACUCACGCCCGCCUCUCCCCGAGGGCAGCCCGUCGGAAAAGAAGCCCUGUCUGAGGAGGAAGGCUCUGCAUUCACCCCAGACCGGCUCUUCAAGAUCGUGUUUGUAGGCAAUUCUGCGGUGGGGAAGACGUCCUUCCUGGGGCGGUUCUGCGACGGCAGGUUCUCCCCGGGCUCAGCAGCCACCGUGGGCAUCGAUUACCGCGUGAAGACAGUGCGCGUGGACGACUCGAAGGUGGCCCUGCAGCUGUGGGACACUGCGGGACAGGAGAGGUAUCGCUGCAUCACUCAGCAGUUCUUCCGAAAGGCUGACGGCGUUGCCAUCAUGUAUGACCUGACAGCCAGACAGUCCUUCUUGGCCGUGCGGCAAUGGCUGAGCAGCGUGGAGGAAGCUGUAGGAGACCGCAUUCCCGUCCUGCUGCUGGGCAACAAAAUCGACAAUGAGAAAGAGCGGGAAGUGCCCCGGGGCCUGGGAGAGCAGCUGGCCAAGGAGAACAACCUGAUCUUCUAUGAAUGCAGCGCCUUUUCUGGUCACAACGCGGAAGAGUCCUUGCUCCAUCUGGCCAGGAUCCUCAAGGAGCAAGAAGACACAGUGAGGGAGGAAACCGUUCAGGUUGACCGCCUCACCAAGAAGAAAGCCUGCUGCGGCUGAUACCGGCCUCCUGGGACCCCUGCCCGGGCCUGUGGCCACAGGACUCCCCUGUCUCCUGCACACGGACUCCUGCACAGGCACCCCCACCCACCGAGGGGCCCACCCAGACCUUUGUCCUGGUCAGUGACAUGCCUUCCACCCAAAGGAAGAGAAGCAGAUCCUGUCAGGAGAGCUGCCCUUGGAGCAUCUUAGAGUCUUUCUCUCCCUCCUCUGGGGAGACCCAGAUGCCUGUUCCUUCCACACCCAGCCCCCCUACCACCACCCACCAGCUUGGUUUCCUGGGGGAGAGAAACAGAUGGGCUUUUCCAGAAAAGCCACUGCGUGCCUUCUCCAUCACCCUUCUCCCCCACUGCCCUUGGGCUCCCGGGGUUGCCAUGGCAACCGUGCAGGGCAGACUUGCUGCUUCCUGUAGGCCAAAGACGCAGCGCUGGGCAAGGCCAGGGUGGUUGGCUUGGCCUUGGAGCCUGUUCUCUGGAUGUCAGUGGGAUGCCUUUGGCACGUGCUUCGUGGACCUUGAGAUGCCCGUGGGUGUUGAGAGAAGCAGACCAGGGCACCUGCAUCUUGCUCCCCCCUCUCCGCCCCGGGGUCCUGCUCCUUCCCAAGCUUCAGGGCCCCGCCCUCUCCACAGCCUCCACCCCUUCAGUAAUGGUCGCCUUGGGUUCUCUGGAGCCAUGCUUUACAAAACCCACAGCCUUCCUGACCUCUGCUCACUCACACCCCUGACUCCAAGGGAUGUGGGUGAUAACUGUAUGCUUGGGGUCAGGGAGUGGGCUUGCUCACUGCUUGACUUUGACGCAGAGAUGGGAAGAAAACCGGGGGAGCAGAACCAUGUGCUGCUACACGGAGCGACCACGUCCGAGGGUAUCAAUGAGGUAUAUAUAGCUGCGUAAAAGCCAUUCUCUACAUGUUUCUCAAAAUAGCUCUUGGAAAGUCGUACCUGAUGAUUAACCGGGCAGAUUGGCAGGCUGGCAGGGAGGCCUGACACCAGGACUGUAGUUACUGACUUCAUUUUAUUUUACUUUUUCUAGAAGGCUGUAUUUUUUUUUUUUUUUUUAAGUGGCUCAGGGUCUGAGUGGUGAACAGAGCAUGGCUGUUGGUUUCGGCACCCCUGUGACAGCACCGACAUAGGGCACUUGGAUUAAGGGGGCUGAUCUGGGCUGGUGUGUGGUCCCAGCCCCUGGCAGUGGCCCAGCAUCGCUGGCUGUGUUGGGGGCUGGUGAGGGCGCUCUUGCCCUGGGCGGGAGCUUUGAUGAGACUGCCGAUUACUGCUGGGGCUAGACCCAGACCCCCUGCAGGAAAGUGGGUGGGGUGUGCAGGGAGGGAGGGGCCAGAAAAUGUCCACACAGCCCUCCAAGAAAACCAUUCAGGACUCCGCACGUAGCCAGCCAGGUAGGGGGGGAGCACCGGCCAGAGCCCUGCAGGGUGUUACUUGUGGUCCAGCCCAGACCUGCAAGAGGAUCAGAGCCCCUGGGCCAGAGGCAGGGGCCAGCCUUGUGCAGACUUCUCUCACCUCCCCACCCACAGUGGGUGGGGAGCAAAAGCCAGCACGGAGCACCAGGGCAAGCCCACUCCCUCCCUGGGCCCCCAUUGCAUCCGUAAAAUAUGGGGUGGGCUGUUGAUGCUUUGGGUUGUGCCUGCUCAGAUGGCUCACGUUCAUUGUCCAACUUAGGCUGGCCCUGAGCGAGUCACUUAACCAGGUUUCCUAGCCGUCUGUGGAUGGGAGGUUUCCAUGCCUACCGCACAGGGAAGUUUUAGGUACCAUGUGAGACAGUGUAUGUGAAGAGCUCUGAACACUCAAGGAGUGGCUGACAAGGAGGGGCUGCUGUUGUUAUCAAGACUGAGUUGCUGCCCGGAUCACUUCCUCGAUCCGGCUUCAGAUUUAGCACCAGCUAACAGUAAGUGUUUUCCGUAACUAGGCACCUCACAGACGCCACCUCGUUCGCCUGCCUGCUUGUCUGGCCCAUUUGUUCUGAGCUUGAACCUGGUGUUGCCUCUUGGCCCUGCCUGUCUUUGUCCUGCGAGUUUCCUGGUUUUCCAGGUAGGCUUACAUCCCACCACUCUGCCUCCCUGCUGUGGUUCUCCAGACCUCAGCCCGUUGCCUAGACCCGUUCCCAGUGUUUUUCCCUGGGGAUGCUCUGUGGUCAUCACCAUCCCUGCUCCCAGGUGUGCUCCCUAUUCUGACUCCCUGUGCUUUUCCUGGGUCUGCUGCUGCCUCUGCCCUGCAUGGCCACUGCGAGCUCCAGCACCAAACCAACACCCUAUUCACUUUGCUCCUUGUCCAGCACUUAUUUCCCCUCACAGUCUCCCUGGGGUCUUUUCAUUCAUCCUAGCUUCCUCCCCCGCCUCCCCACCCUGUACUCUUUCCUCAGUGUUAAUAGUGUCACUCAGUCUUGGAUUCAUUCCCCUCCUCCUAUGGUCCAUUCCAGACCACACCUGCAUCCUCCACUGUAAAUGACUCAACCUUCAGUCUCUGUCACUAGUGAUCAGUGCUCCAAAGGCUCUUAAAGCAAUUUCAGCUAAGGUUAAUGCCAGUGGUGUUCAGGGUCAUAUUUAUACUUUAGCAAAGAACUCUAAGGGAUGUAAAACUUUAACCCAAAGAGGUAAAUCCCUAGUGGUAGAUUAUUAAGCACCAUAGUGGGUCAUGGGGUCAAAUAUUUAGAACAGAGUUGCUUCUCCUGUACUCUUGAAGAACCCAGUUGCCUUUAUGUACUUUGGGGCUCUAUUUUUAAGCUCCUGUAUGUUUAUUAUUGUUAUGCUUUCUGGAUAAAUUAACCCUUUAUCAUCAUGAAGUGUGUUUUUUUGUCUUGAGUCAUGAUUUUUUGUCUUAAAGUCUAUUUUGUCUGGUGUUAGUAUGGCCACUCCAUCUGUUUUGGUUGAUACAUCUUCUGCAUGAUGUAUCUUUUCUAUCCCUUUACCAUUAACCUAUUUGUGCCUUUGACUCUAAAGUGGGCCUCUUGUAGGUAGCAUGUAGUUGGAUCAUGUUUUUAAAUCAUGUCUUCCAAUCUCUGUCUUUCAAAUGGAAAGUUUAAUCUGUUUACAUUUAAUGUGAUGGGUAAAGUAUGAUUUAUGUCAGCCAUUUUACUAUUUAUUUUCUAGUGUACAGUUUUAAUUCUCUCGUAAUUGUAUAUAUGUUUUAUUUAUUUUCUUGGUGGGUGCCCUGAGAAUCACUAUUAAUAUCUUAAUUUAUAACACUCUGGUGUGAAUUAAUACCAACUUAAUUUCAAUAGUAUAAAAAGCUUGCUCCUGUGUAGUAGGUCCAUUCUCGCCUCCCUUACAUUGUUAUUAUAAAGUACAUCUUUAUACAUUUUAUGCCCAUCAAUAUAGAAUUUAUAUUUAUUUAUUUAUGCAGUUGUCUUUUAAAUCAGAGAAAAAGGAGUGACAAAAAAUACCAUUUGUAUCAUCUUCUAUAUUUAUUUAUGUAAUUACUUUUACCAGUGCUUUUUAUUUCUUCAUGUUGAUUCAAGUUACUAUUUAGUGUCCCUUCAUUUCAGUAUUAUUUCUGUAGGGAAGGUCUGCUAGAGACAGAUCCAAUUUUACCUGGAAAUAUCUUAACUUAGCCUUCAUUUUUGAAAGAUAGUUUUGCCAGAUAUAGAACUUUUGAUUGACAAGGUUUCUUCCCAUCAGUAUGUUAGAUUUAUGAUCCACUACUUCUGGCCUUCAUGGUUUCUGACGAGAAAUAAGCUGUUUGUCUUAUUGAGGAUCCUUUGUAUGUGAUAAGUUCUUUUUGCUGCUUUCAAAGUUCUUAGUCUUUCAACAAUUUGAUUUUGAUGAAUCUAGUGAUAGCUUUGUUUGAGCUUAUCCUACUUGCAGUUUGUUAAGCUUCUUGGAUGUGUGGAUUAAUGGAUUUCUUCAAAUUUGGGGAGUUUGAGGUUAUUACUUUUUAAAAUAUUCUUUCUGUCCCUCUCCCUCUGCUUUCCUUCUAGGACCCUGUUAUAUAUAUGUUGUCAUGCUUGAAGAUGUCCUGCAGGCUUCUGAGGCUCUGUUCAUUUUUCUUUAUUUUUUUAAUUUGUUUUUUUUUUGUUUGUUUGUUUGUUUUUUUCAGACUGGAUAAUCUCACUUGCCCUAUCUUCAAGCUCACUAAUUCUUUCUUCUGUCUUCUCGGAUAUGCUAUUGGGACCCUCUAGUGAAUUUCUCAUCUUUAUUAUUGUACUUAUCAACUCCACAAUUUCUGUUUGAUUCUUUUUUUUUAUAACUUCUGUCUCACUAUUUAUAUUCUUUAUAUGGUGAGACAUUAUUCUUAUAUUUUCCUUUAAUUCUUCAGACAUGGUUUCCUUUAGGUCUUUGAACAUAUUUUAAAUAGCUGCUUUGAAGUUUCAAAGACCCCACAUUGGUAGCCAUCUACCCUGUGCACAAAUCGAGCUCUGCUUGCCAUUUCUUUCUCCCAUUUCAUUUGACAUAGCCAGGACUCUUGUCUAAUUUCUUAGCCACACCCCUAACCUCCUCUCCAAAGUCUUUCUUCUCUUUGUAGGAGGGAUAUGAAACUCAGAAGUUGUUCAGAUCUGAGAAACCUCCUCCACCUUGAGCUUCCGGCUGCCCUGCUGGAGCUGAAAUGCUCAAGGAGAUGUCCAGUUCCUUAGGAAAGUGAAGGGAGCCUGGAAAUCCUCAGGCAGUGCUCCCACUUCUGCCAGGAAUUCAGAUGGUUUACAAAGCUUCACUGAAAAGGGGUAGGUGUGGAAAGAUAGCACAUCAGAAGCUUAUUUAAAAAGCAGUUUAAUUACUUCAAAAUAAUGAAAUCACAGUACAUAACCAUACAAAAUCCAAGACCUAAGUGGCUUGUUGCUGACUGGCCGUAGGUAUACUGCCAUCUCUCUUCCCAUCAUGUGGGGAACAGAAAGUGACUUUACAAAUUUCAACCAAUUCAGUCAAAAUCCCUAGGAUUUUAUAUUACUGGUUAUUCUCUCCCUUCUUAUCCUGGGGUGUGUGUGUCAGUGGAGUGGUGAUGGCGAUUUUGGCAGGAUACAGGAGCUUUCUAAACGUCCUCACUCCAUAACUAUUAAUAUUUCUGUUGAUAGAUGUGUUCAUUAUUAGCAGCAGCAGUAACAAAAAACAUCUUAACUCCACACUUCACACAAUCCAGUGGAGCCAAUCUAAUCCAAGUGCCCUACUUAGGAAGAACCAUGCUGGAGAUGAUGGGGGUUGGGAAGCCAUGUGGUUCUUGGCAGAAGAUCUGAAAUCAAUGUGGGACUUGAGGAGCAUUGGUGAGGCUGGCCCAUUUAUCAUCCUGGGGCAAGACUGAGUCAGGUCCAAGAAAUGACCUCUUCAAAAGGCUGAGCUUUAUCAGGGCUUUGGCUCUGAUUCAGAAGUGGUACUGGCAAGCCCUUGUCAUAGCACCAGGAGACUCUGUUCCCAACAAAUGAGGACGCCAAGGACCAGUGAGGUCUCUGCUAUCAUAAUGAAUUAUGACUGGAUUCAUCUGACCUAUAAAAAUAAAUAGUACACAGGAAAACAUUGUAUUACUAGGCAAAAAAAAAAUGUACAAA